CGCACCUUCGACAUGGAAUCAGAAGCAGGAGAACCGGGAGGGGUGAAGCGCAACCAGAAGAGAAAACGUUCCCAGCAGGUCUGCACGAGUUGCCGCCAAUCGAAGCUGCGCUGUGAUUUCUUGGAUACGUUCCCGGAGCCUUGUACUCGCUGCGCCAAUGCAAAGAACUCCACACCCUGCAUCGUCGAUCCCUCCUUCAGGAGGACCACCACCCGAAAGAAGCCCGGCCCCGUAAAUGGGAGCGCAUCGACUUCGGGUGCUGCACAGCGCAAUGGGCAUCGUGAAAAGGAGAGCACGCCCCUUGCGGACAUCACGCUUGGAGAGGAGAACAUCGAUUCCUACGCACCGUGGCAUGAUGAUUCUCCAUCGCCAAGCGAAGCGUCAUACUCACCGGGACCGUGUCUCCCAAAGACUCUAGGGGACGUCACACUCGACUCAGAGGAGAUCCAGGCGUGUUUCGACGCGUUCUUCUCGCAUUACCACCCGUUCUUCUCCGUCAUUCUGGAGCCCAUAGAGCCUCAAGCAUGUUUUGACCGGUGCUCACUCUUGUUCUGGGCGAUCUGCAUCACGGCGUGUCGACCACGUCCCGACAACCCAGUUUUACGCGCUCGCAACCCAGAGUUUUCUCUCAAACUGGGCGUACAUGUGCGUCGAUUCUUCUCGGAGCUACUUGUGGCUCCUAUUCGUUCGAUAUACGCGAUCCAAGCGCUGCUUAUAACAUCCGAGUACAUCUUUGUGGCGCAUUGCGACGGACGGGAGGACUUGCACUGGAUAUACUCUGGACUGGCAGUACAGAUGGGCUUGAAACUCGGCCUUCACCGACCGGACAACACGACAGAUUUUCGAUCGCGGGCGAUUCUGGACAAGGAUAGAAUGCACGAGCGCAUCCUGGUUUGGGUACAGUGCUUUAUUGUGCACCAGAGCAUCGCUUCGACGCUCGGUCUGCCCUCUUGUCUGUCCGAAGACUGGGUCACCUUCACCUUCUCGCACGCGCGCGAUGAAUGCUGGCACUGGGUCAGCGCUGUUGAUCCUGAUCUCCCGAAACUGCUCAGGAUUCAGCGCUUCGCCCUGCGGAUGUCUGGCGUCAUGGGCAACAAUGUCAAGAACCCAUCUGGAGAGAACGACCCACUGGUCGCGCCGGCGCUCAUAUCGAUCCUGAACAGGGAGCUUCUGGAUAUUGAGACCAGUUUGUCACCUAUGUCUCCCAUCGUCUGCGUUCGGUUCUUGGAGGCCAAGCUCUCGUUGUACUCCUACUGCUUGCAAGAUACUCCCUCUACGAUCGCUGCAUAUGCGCAAGACAUUGUCUCCUGCUAUACGAGCGCCGUUCGCAUGGUGGACAUUCUGCAAACGCUCACUAAAAACGAGGACACGCGGCCGGUGUUCUGGCCUCAGUCCCUGUGCAUGUCUAUGGCCGCUGCUACGAUAUGUCUCUUGAGGCUCGCGAUCAUGCAAAGCGCGUUUCCGAAUCUGAUCCCCGUCAACCGUUCUGUGAUCCUCAGAGAGGUUUCUAUCGCAUAUGAAAUCAUCAAGAUGCAGUGCAACAUCCGCGGAGACGCGAGCGAUCGUGCGGCGCAGAUCAUCCAGAUUCUGGCGAAGAAGGUCGCCGGGACGUUGCCCGGCGAAAACGAGGACGACGACAUCCCGGUACGCUCUCGCAUGGGUCUAGGAAAUCUUCUCUACCGCGCUAUCAACCAGUUGAGACGGACGGGACAAUCGCGUCGAACGACAGUACAAGGGGCCACACAACAUGGUGCUAAACCGGUCAACGGAGACGUCGUUCUCGAUAGCAGUGGACAUCAUGCUGUAGAAGGUGAUCACGAGAGCGGCGGGGCGACGGACGGAUGCGAAACGGCAGCAGCAACGUUUGAACUGUCCGAUUGGUUAGAAGGGCUUUCCAGGACCGACAUAGACGACAUGAUGAGUCUCCCUUUGAUGGGAGGUUCAGGAUUCAUAACGGACACCGUGUACGACGUUAUGGGUAAUGCGUCUGCUUAG